GCCUUGUUUACCUCCACGACCAUUCGUCUAGGACAAGAUGGCGUCAGUCUGGGAUGAGGCUGAGGACGGCGUUGGCGAGGAGGUGCUGAAAAUGUCCACAGAGGAGAUCGUGCAGCGAACCCGCCUGCUCGACAGCGAGAUCAAGAUAAUGAAGAGUGAGGUGCUGAGAGUUACCCAUGAGCUGCAGGCCAUGAAAGAUAAGAUCAAAGAGAACAGUGAGAAGAUCAAAGUGAACAAAACCCUGCCUUACCUUGUUUCCAAUGUCAUUGAGCUAUUGGAUGUUGACCCCAAUGACCAGGAAGAAGAUGGAGCAAAUAUUGAUCUAGAUUCCCAGAGGAAGGGCAAGUGUGCUGUGAUUAAAACCUCCACUCGCCAGACAUAUUUCCUGCCUGUGAUCGGGUUAGUUGAUGCAGAGAAGCUAAAGCCUGGAGACCUAGUGGGUGUGAACAAGGACUCUUACUUGAUCCUGGAGACCCUACCUACUGAAUAUGACUCACGAGUGAAAGCCAUGGAGGUGGAUGAGAGGCCCACAGAGCAGUACAGCGACAUCGGGGGGCUGGAUAAACAGAUCCAAGAGCUAGUGGAGGCCAUUGUCCUGCCAAUGAAUCAUAAGGAGAAGUUUGAAAACCUGGGUAUCCAGCCCCCCAAAGGAGUGCUCAUGUAUGGGCCACCUGGAACAGGGAAGACCCUCUUAGCUAGAGCAUGUGCUGCCCAGACAAAGGCAACAUUCCUGAAGCUGGCUGGCCCACAGUUGGUGCAGAUGUUCAUUGGAGAUGGCGCCAAGCUGGUGCGAGAUGCCUUUGCGCUGGCCAAGGAGAAAGCGCCUUCUAUCAUCUUCAUUGAUGAGCUGGAUGCCAUUGGCACCAAGAGAUUUGACAGCGAGAAGGCUGGAGACCGGGAAGUGCAGAGGACCAUGCUGGAGCUUCUGAACCAACUUGAUGGAUUCCAACCCAACACACAAGUCAAGGUGAUCGCUGCAACCAACCGUGUGGAUAUUCUGGACCCUGCUCUGCUCCGGUCUGGACGCCUAGAUCGCAAAAUUGAGUUCCCGAUGCCCAAUGAAGAGGCCAGAGCUAGGAUUAUGCAGAUCCAUUCACGCAAGAUGAAUGUCAGCCCUGAUGUGAAUUACGAGGAGCUGGCUCGCUGCACAGAUGACUUCAAUGGAGCACAGUGUAAGGCUGUGUGUGUGGAAGCGGGGAUGAUCGCACUUCGGCGUGGAGCCACAGAGCUCACCCAUGAGGACUACAUGGAAGGAAUCCUGGAGGUUCAGGCCAAGAAAAAAGCCAAUCUGCAAUACUAUGCCUAAUCUCUGCACCGCAAUCAGGUAUUGUGGCCUUGGCAGAAUUGGACAGGCUGAAAUUCGAGAGGACUGGACUAAACAGAGGAUGGUUAAGACUGGAUUGUUUGGUCAUAUUUUAUGUGCUGGAAAAAAAAAUAAAGCUUUUUUUCCCCCCUCCUUUAAAAAAAAAAAAAAAAAAAAAAAAAAAAAAUCCUUGCCUAGAUAAGGUUCAUAAUGCUACAACUUGAAGGGAAAAUAAUUCAUCCCCUCCAUGAAUGUGAAAUUGGCCUUGAAGUCUUACUUGGGUUGGGACAGGCUUAAAUCCUAGGGUGAGAGUAAUUGCUUAUGUUUUAGAGCCACUUGCUGUGGAGUAGGAGUGACAGGGAAUGAUAUAUUUAGGGGUUGUAAAUGUAAUCUAAAUCAACCAUUGGCUGCAGGCCAAAGGGACGCAAGGUCCUCAACACAUCUACAAUCCUUUCACUGCUGCAGUCAGCGGAGGCAAACAGCUAAGCAGAGCCUGUCCAAUUCUACACUGGCUUUAGCAGUCUUUUGUGAGGGUCAUGUACUUGUUCCCUACCACAAGCCUCUCUUUACUUCUCCUUUGCAAAAGAAUGUUCUUAUCUUCUUGCUCCCAAUUCCACCCAGGAUCCUUCCCUCCUGGUGGCUGUUACACCCCUUUCUCAACCUGUUAAUAUAUGACUAUUGUAUACGGCUUGAGGUGGAGUGAGUAGUUACUGCUCUGCAGUGCUGUGGAAGAAAAUAACUCACCAAUCCAUCCAAUAAACAAGUUUUUCAGUACUUUAAUGCCAGUUGAGAAUCACAGCCUCCAUUUAAAAAUGACACUUUAUAAAUACACUGACUUUAGCACUGCUUAUCUUACAUGCCAUUCAGUUGUGUUAGAGAAACAUCCCUCUCCCACUACCUGUGCACCUUGUUGGGGGGGCAGUAGGAGGGAUGUAUGAAAGAAAACUUUACCUGGCAGUAGUAGCUUGGCUCAUGUUCCUGAGUUAGCCCUAGUGCUGAUGUGGGUUACAAGCUGCUCACCAUCCAUUCCUCCAAAAAAUGUUUUGUUCUCUGCUGGUUACAGGACAUGGCAUCAACUGAGCUGUGGGUUUGUGAUUGAACUGUGCACAGCUGAUGUAUCCCCCAUUCUAGACAGACAACUAGGGACAAAGCCUAUGCAGGGACAGUGUUUGAAAUGAGCAUAAGCCAAGCUUUCUGGGGAAAAUAAAUUAUAAAUCUUCUGGAUAUACUGCAACAAGCUACUGUGACUGCUCCAUCUUCAUGUUGGCAAUGUGUCUCCCUCUAAGCUCAACAGUAAAAGCUCGUAACUCUUUUCAGAGAGUGCUCUUUCCUUGCAGUUAGGAGUCAUGUACCUCAGUUAGAAGGUAGCUGGGUCCUUGAGGUUGAUCCCAGC